CCCAACACCCCUCAUUCAAAGCCCACUAAUUCAUCUCGGUCAACUAAUAUCUCAUCCCGAAACUCCCCAAUAGUAUACAGCGAUGCCUCCUACACUUGGUGAAGCUGUUCCUAGUACCACUGUCUCCAUAGCCCCUCUCAUUCUCCUCAGCGCCUGUGAUCACUAUGGUCGCUCAGCGAAGGGAACCAGGAGAAGAGUUGUCGGUGUAUUGCUCGGUCAAAAUAACGGAUCAGAUGUUAGGGUAACAAAUAGUUUUGCCGUUCCGUUCGAAGAGGACGAAAAAGAUCCGGCGGUUUGGUUCCUCGACCACAACUAUGUUGAGUCUAUGAACGAUAUGUUUAAGAAGGUCAACGCUCGCGAGAAGCUUAUCGGCUGGUAUCACUCUGGGCCUAAACUCCGUGCGUCUGAUCUGGAGAUAAACGAGCUAUUUAAACGAUACACACCCAAUCCUUUACUCGUUAUCAUUGAUGUGGAGCCUAAGGAACUCGGGGUACCUACCGAUGCUUAUUUCGCUGUCGAGGAGAUCAAAGAUGACGGGACCACUACUACGAAAACCUUUGUUCACACGCCAUCGAUAAUCGAAGCUGAGGAGGCAGAAGAGAUAGGUGUUGAACAUCUGCUCCGCGAUAUCCGCGACGUCGCCGUUGGCUCGUUAACCACUCGGGUCAACUCCCAACUUCAGUCACUUCAAGGCCUCCAUCUCCGUCUCCGGGAUAUUGGAGCCUACCUCGAAAAAGUUCUUAGUGGCCAACUCCCCGUGAAUCACGCUAUUCUUGGAAAUCUCCAGGAUGUCUUCAACCUCUUACCCAAUCUUUCAACCCCAUCCUCGACAGACGGCGAAGAUGGCCACAACAACGAUUUGGCCCGGGCUAUGAGUGUCAAGACAAACGAUCAACUGAUGGCCAUCUAUGUCUCUUCGCUGAUCAGGGCUAUCAUUGCAUUCCAUGACCUUAUUGAUAACAAAAUCAAAAAUCGGCAGGACCAAGCUGAAGAGAAGGAAAAGGAGGAAAAAGAACGUGCGGAGAAGGAGAAGAAGGUAGCCUCCUCUCCCGACAAGGACGGCCCUUCUGAGAAGGGGAAGGAGGAGUCGCCUAAGGAGAAGAAGAAGGGGGAGAAGGAAUAGACAUGACAUCAAUGUCAUCAGAGCACUGUAUGUCGAAACUUUGGGGAAGUAAAUAAGUGCCCAGGCUUGGAGGUCAUCUUCCUUGUAGCAUAAUGACUAGAAUUCCGGUAUAUGGGCGCGCUUUUCAUUAAAAAGCCUUUGUUUU